CCUCACGUCGAGUUGCAUUUGGUUGCUAACCUUCCAGAAUCGGACUCGCUUUUUUUAUUUCAGUCGAAGUGACAUGUAUAUUUCCAGAAAGUUUGUACUGUUCGGACGCACCCAGUAAUGUAAGAAGUGGUAGAAAAGUGCAGUGUUAACAGAAGAUUCGCCGUGUUGAGCGAACUACACUUCGUUUCCAAAAUCGCCUCUAAGGACCAGAGGAUUUAUUUGUAAAAGAGAUCGUGGAGAUAUUGUGCCUGUCUAUAUGUUUCGGACCAUUAACUGGUUAGGCUAAGCUGGACAACAUGAGCACUGCGCUGUAUGAAAACGGUCACGGGGAACAUGAGAGCAUCACGUUCUUGUCAAAGCACGAGAAGGGGCCGCCGGAGCGUAGGAAGGCGGCCGUGGUUGUGGUAGUGCUAGUGGUUCUGCUGGCCUUGGCUGCCAUGGUCGCUGUCCUCGUCUGGUUCUUUGCCGUCAGGCUCCGGUCCCCGAACAAGGGGAAAGACCAGCAGAGCUCAGACAUGUGCGUGUUCAGCGGCCACAUGCGGCUUGUCGACGUGCCCUACAGCGAGGCCUACGAGGACCCCGCCAGCCCUGAGUUCAACAGCACUGCCAGCGCCCUGCAGGAUAUCCUAAAGAAGACUUUCUCCAAAGAUCCUCUCCUCUCCAAAUACCACAACAAAUCUGUCAUCUCCGCCUUCAGCGACGGGAUGCUGGCAUACCACUGGACGCGCUUCGUGGUGCCACCAGCGGACAAGGCAAUACUGCCCAAGCUGACAGAGGUGCUCGUCCUGGACGUCCUGCGCCGUGGCAUCCGGAUGGAGGGCAAGCGAAGCAGUGUGCAACCUUUCACCAUCACGGACGUCACCGCCUCGGUUACAGACCCCCGGAUGGCCAGGGACCCCCAAGCCCAGUGCAUCGUUCGGCUAACGGCCAGCGGAACGACCCAGAACUUCACGUCUCCGGGCUACCCAGAACAGUACCCGCUGCAGACGCGCUGUCAGUGGCACAUCCGCUCACCCCGAAGCAACGUCAUCCUGGUGAAGUUCCCCAAGUUCUACAUGGCGGACGACUGCUCUAACAGCUACGUCUUCAUCUACAACUCCCUCAGCCCAGAGGAGUCUCAGGCCAUCACACAGAAAUGUGGCCAGCGCCCUCCCACUAACCCCCUGGAAGUUGUCUCUUCUGGAAACAUGAUGCUCAUUAACCUGGUCACCGCAAAUGACCAGAGGAAAGGUUUCGAGGGACAGUACACUGCCAUCCCUUUGAGUUCAGUGAAGUCCUGCGGAGGUGUUCUGACCAGCCUGUCCGGUAACAUCAGCUCUCCAUACUAUCCCAGCUUCUACCCUCCCUCGGUGGACUGCACCUGGACCAUCAACGUCCCUAAGGGCAUGAACAUCCGGGUGAAGUUCCUCAUGUUCCGGAUGAAGGAGCCCGGCGUGAACCCUCGGGUCUGCAACAAGGACUAUGUGCUGAUACUGGGUACCAGGUAUUGUGGGGAGAGAUCUGUACUGGCCCUCAGCAGCGCAAACAACAGCAUGGUGAUCCAGUUCCACUCGGAUCAGUCGUACACGGACAAAGGCUUCCUGGCCCAGUACAGCGCCUAUGACCCGAAGAACCCUUGCCCUGGGCAGUUUGCCUGCUCCACUGGGAUAUGCAUUGUCAAAGAGCUGCAGUGCGAUGGCUGGAACGACUGCGGAGACAUGAGCGAUGAGAGGAAGUGCCAAUGUGAGAACGACCACUUUCAGUGUGCGAACGGCAUAUGCAAGCCCAAGUACUGGUUGUGCGACCAAGUGAAUGACUGCGGCGACAACAGUGAUGAAGAGCACUGCAGCUGCAAGAAGAAUCAGAUAAGGUGUGGUGACGGGACGUGCUUGCCUCAGGACGUAAGCUGCGAUGGCAAGAAAGACUGUUUAGAUGGCAGUGAUGAGGUCUCUUGUAAAGACCCAACAGGAAUAUGCUCGGACUUCACGUUCACUUGUAAGAGCGGCCAGUGUUUGAACAAAAUCAAUGCGGAGUGCGACAAGGUCAGCGACUGUCCAGACGGCUCUGAUGAAGAAGGCUGUGACUGCGGCAAGCGGCCCUACAAGCACAACCGGAUCGUCGGCGGGCAGAAUGCGGACGUGGGCGAAUGGCCGUGGCAGGUCAGCCUCCACUACCAGACGAGCGGGCAUGUGUGUGGCGCCUCCAUCAUCUCUGACAAGUGGCUGCUGUCUGCCGCCCACUGCUUCGUCAGCAGCGAACCCGCCUACCAUGAGCCCUCCAACUGGCUGACAUACAGUGGCAUGCAGGACCAGGAGAAAGAUGACGCCAACGUGCAGAUGCGCGAAGUGCAGACCAUCAUCACGCACACCGACUACAACCAGAUGACGUACGACAACGACAUCGCCGUGCUGGAGCUGACGAAGCCGCUGGUCUUCUCCAACUACAUCCACCCAGUGUGUCUGCCGGCCAGCUCGCACGCCUUCCCGGCCGGGAUGCCGUGCUGGGUGACUGGCUGGGGGUCACUCCGAGAAGGAGGACGGGUUUCACGCAUCUUACAGAAAGCGGAGGUGAAGAUAAUUAAUGACACAGUGUGCGACAUGAUAAAUGAGGGUCAGGUGACGUCGCGCAUGCUGUGCAGUGGCUUCCUCAGUGGAGGUGUGGAUGCAUGUCAGGGUGACUCAGGUGGUCCUCUGGUGUGCCUGUCUGAGGCUAACACUUGGUUCCAGUGUGGUAUAGUGAGCUGGGGAGAAGGAUGUGCCCGGCGCAACAAGCCCGGUGUUUACACGCGCCUCACCAAGUUCCGCGACUGGAUCCACAAACAGACGGGUGUAUAGCAACUUCAGGAUCCUCAGUGCCGCCUCUGCCCACGCUUCAGAAUGGGCAGGGUGUGCGUUUGUGUGUGUAUCACCGACGAGGACCGCAGGACUCCAGAUAUUUACCAAAUAUUCCUCUUUGAUCCUCUUACUCACAUAUGCUAGCUGUGGAGCUCAGUCACACUGAAUUGUGUGCGGACAUUUUUAAGAAUUAUUUUUUUAUUGUUCUGCUGUCUUGUCUUUCUUUAAUAUGGCCAACACCUGGUGUCUCUCCCAAUCUUCCUGGAUAAAGACUUGAGCAGAAUUCAGAAUUAUGACCCAAAGAGUGUGCCUACUGGGUUUGGUGUCAUUGGUGCUUGGAACUCUUGGUGUGCCAAUCAUCAAGCCUUUUCUGAUUACUGGGGUCAAAAGCUUUUGUGCAGUCUAAAACAUUCUACCGCUCUCCUGCUUGGCUGACCCUUUUCUUCCACCUGCAUGAUCUCAGGAAGCUGGGCCAGUGGGGAAAGGAAAAUGGAGGAUUAGGUUUAAAAAAAAAAUCUGUAAACAGCUGAGGCCAAAUCAGCUUGUCCACUGCAUGCCAACCUCCUGACCAAUCGGCUUUGUCGCAGCUGGUUGCCGCAGCAACCCGGCAGGAAGUGUUCUCCAUCAAAGAGACGUGGACUUGCAGAGGAAUCCGCCCGUCUUUCAGCAGGAAGAUGAAAAGUGAAUCUUCUCCUCAGUCCUUGGAGGUUGGCAAGCUACCAGCCUGUCUAAACUCCUCUGGCCCGCAGUCUCUGUGUGUAGUCUUGCUUAUCCCACAAGCGCCUUCACUUUGGUAAAUGUGUUCCUAAAUCGUUAUAAUUUCAUAUAGACUGCUUCAAACAUGAUUACAUUGUUAUUUGUAAAAAAACAAAACAAAAACAAAACAAAACCCAAACAAACAAAAAAUAAUUCUCAAAAUUGGUGGCUGUGGUGAUGUUAUAUUCCUCAUUCCUCAUUUGUUUUUGUUUCAUUUCAGUUUUUUUUUUAAAAUCUCAGCAUUGGGUGCUCGGUUUCUAAAACUACCUGCCCACUGGUUUUACCGUCGUUCUGGUACCUCUCAUCAUCAUCAUGUUUGAUAUACAGUCACCAUUCAGGUCACAUGACUCAUAAACUCAAUCCUUGCUUAUUCUACAGGAUAAAUAAAUGGCAGAAUGACACAGCUCUUUCCCUCUCAGCUGGUGAGGACAGCCAUAUGGCCAACGUUUGUGUUGGGCUGCUCCCACUGUUUAUUUGCAUGUUCAAAUGUGCUUAGUAUGCUUGGCCUUAUUCUGCAUGGAAAUGCUAUAAAUGACCUUAUUGGUUGAAACCUCGAUAUAAGUUUCAGAGAUCAACUUAGCGUUUUUCUCCUGGAAUUAUAAAUACCCCCGUUAGGUAUUUCAGAAAUCCGCCCUGGCGCUGGCGUUCAUUGUUCAACCGUAAAUGCCAUUUGAUUAUAGCCGCAAUGAGCAGGCCUCCCCUUAACGGCAAAAAUAAGUGAGGUUAAUGGGUGCUCAAUGUUUCUUGCUUGAGAAAAGCAAAGGUGUGACGUGAACUGAGGUUUGUCUCUAAGCAUUUAACGGAAUCACAGGUUACAAAAAGCUGGCUAGCCAGAAAGAAGUGGAGGAAUAAAUCAUGACAAUUAAAUUUAGUGCUUUUGUUUGGUUUUUUUUAAGUAUUUAAUUGUUUUUAUCAGGGAUUUUGCAGCACUUUUAAAUGUAGAUAAAUGUAUUUUCAUGUCAUGUGUUUUGUGGGUGUUUGUGU